AAAGCAAGAUGAAUCGGUGAUAACAUUAUCCACUACGAGCGGAAGGGCUCAGCUGUUAUCAUGGCAAGGCUUCUCAUCUCCAACACAGCCUCACUUACUCUCUCUCCUCCUCCACCCGCCCCACCCUCACGUGGUUCAUUCAUCCCUCCGCACGUGAACAUAUCGCCGGCGUCACGGUAUCCCGGCCGGCAAACCAGAGGCCUAGAGGUGGUGACAGGUGCGGGGCCCACCACGAGCCAGUACGUGUUUGCAUUCGUUUUGCCGCUCUCUCUGAUCGCCGUCACCGUUUUCACUUCCAUCAGAGUCGCCGAUAAGCUCGACCGAGACUUUCUUGAAGAGAUGGCAAUUAACCAAGCGAUCCGGGAAACGGAUGAGGAAGGCGAACCUGACAAGUCGAUAGAAGAAAAGCCUGCGCUUUCCGGUACUCGCAACCGGCCCAAGAGGGAAGUCUAAGCCUCAUUUUCUUGCUCGGUAAAGCUUCAGUUUUGUACUUAGAUCAGCCUGCGGCCGUGCAUUCCGAUUCUGUCAAUGUUAUCAUUUUAUGGACAAUUUUGUAUGUCAAAUGGAUGUUAACGUUAGUACGUUGUGUCAAGAGCUUUUGAGAACAACACCUUCUCUUCCUUGAGAAUAAGAGCGAAAGGCGAGUUCGAAGGUGAUCCCCGUGAAUGCGUGCGCAGUGUAUUUUGUGUGUAGAAAAAGAAAUAUGGAAUGAACAUACAUCAGUUGUACAACAGGCAGAGAACAUUUUGCUAUUAGUGUUUCCAAUAUGAAUGCCUUUUGUUUGCCAAA